AAGCCAGCAAAGUGAAUUUGGAAUUUUGCCUGCAAACAUUGAAGUUGACUUCAUCCGUCCUUCCUCUCUCUUGUUUCUCUCCCUCGCUCUCUCACUCUCAGUUUAUCUAGCUCUUCAUUCAAUUUAUCUACCUAUCUACAUCUCUUAAUUUAUUUGUUUUUCUCCUCACAUGUGAACCAUUUUGUAAUGCUUCUGUUUAUUCGUCCUACUUUUAAUGCUAAACCAUGUAAAUCUCUUUCGUGCUUUAUCUUUCUCCUGAUCUCUACCUCUCCGGCUCUCCCCCUCCCUUCCGGCCUCACCAGCUUUGGUUUUCAUAAUUCCAGGCUUCACUUGGCUCAUGACAACAAAGCUUAUGGUAUUCUCUGCCUUCUCCUUCACAAAGAAGUAGAAGUUCCAGUGUUUUAUCAUAAAAAAUGUCCUUACCUCUCUUCCCAAUCUAUCACACAGUAAAAGGAGCUACUUUUCUUCUGCUUCUUUAACGUCGUUAGAUUGUGUUGGGACGUAUUCAAUUUUGGUUUUGAAACCAAAUGCAUCAAUUCUCUGUGAGUUGAAGAAGCCCCUUGCCUGUUGGUUAGAUGAACGAAAAAUCAAGGCUUCAAAAGUGAAAGAUGUCUUCUGACAGUUCAUUGAAUGCUGAAUUAUCAGAGAGGACACCCGUUCUUGGUCUGAGACUUUGGGUUGUGAUUGGCAUCUGCGUGGGUGUUCUAAUUGUGUUUAUUCUCGCCGUUUUAUCCAUAUGGAUCACAUCCAAGAAGAAGACGAGGAAGACUUUUGACAGCGUGCCAGUAUCACAAAUCCCAACCGUCUCCAAGGAGAUCCCCGUGGACAUAGUUGGUUGUCAAUGCUCGCUUCAAAUUCUCCAGGAGAAUGACGAAGGGCCUUUCAUCCCCAGCCAUGACAAAUUUAGCGACAGGGAUUCAGUGAAGACAGUUGCAGCAGCACAGCUGACGAUUAGCAAGUCGAGUGAUGCUGAAAACAUUAGCCAAUGCAGCUCAGCUUACCAUAAGGAUAGAGCUCGGAGUUCCUAUUCUGGGGAUGAAGGUAGCUCUGGAUCUACUCGGAAAGCAUAUUCAGCAUUUCCACUUGCAUCCGUGUCUUCUUUAGUUGGACUGCCAGAGUCCUCGCAUCUCGGUUGGGGUCAUUGGUUUACUUUAAGGGAUCUUGAGCUUGCAACAAAUCGUUUCUCCAACGACAAUGUCCUCGGGGAGGGUGGAUAUGGAGUUGUAUACCGAGGGCGUUUGAUAAAUGGUACUGAAGUCGCAGUGAAGAAGCUUCUGAACAACCUAGGACAGGCAGAGAAGGAAUUUAGAGUAGAGGUGGAAGCCAUUGGUCAUGUUCGGCAUAAGAAUCUAGUGAGGCUUUUGGGAUAUUGCAUAGAAGGAAUUCACAGGAUGCUUGUGUAUGAGUACGUCAACAAUGGAAAUUUGGAGCAGUGGCUUCAUGGAACUGCGCAUCAAAGAGGCGUCCUCAGUUGGGAGAAGCGCAUGAAGGUCAUCCUCGGCACUGCAAAGGCGCUUGCUUAUCUGCAUGAAGCAAUCGAACCAAAAGUGGUGCACCGAGAUAUCAAAUCGAGUAACAUCUUGAUUGAUUAUAAUGGAAAGAUAUCCGACUUUGGAUUGGCUAAGCUGCUGGGCUCUGACAAAAGCUUCGUCGCCACUAGAGUAAUGGGCACAUUUGGAUACGUGGCUCCUGAAUAUGCCAAUUCUGGUCUUCUGAACGAGAGGAGUGAUGUGUAUAGCUUUGGAGUUUUACUGCUAGAGACUGUCACUGGCAGGGAUCCUGUAGAUUAUGGAAGGCCAUCUAAUGAGGUGAAUUUGGUGGAGUGGCUUAAAAUGAUGGUUGGAUGCCGAAGGGCGGAGGAAGUAGCGGAUCAAAAUCUUGUGGUUAAACCAUCCAUUCGAGCUCUUAAACGCACGCUCUUGGUCGCACUGAAAUGUGUCGAUCCUGACUCCGGCAAAAGGCCCAUGAUGGGGCAAGUGGUUCGAAUGCUCGAAGCGGAUGAACUCGCCCAACGUGAGGAUCGCAGGAGCCGAAGGGCAGAAAGUCUGGAGAUGGAAGCAACGAAGGGAAGUUCUAGCGACGUGGAAGCGUAAGGUGUCAGCAUUUCCUCUUUGCUGCAAUGAUUGAAGAGGCCAGUUUGAUGGUUAUUCUGCUGAGAAAGCUCUUCGUUUUGGAAGUGCAGGAACAUUCGACUUCGUGUACGGAUAUCUGUUGCUGUUUGGAAUUUUGGUUGGACCAUUUUAUUUGUCUACGAUUUUUGUCUACCGUGACAGGCUUCAAGCGCAAUGAUUCCUACGAAUAAAAGUGAGAGAGAAUAUAAAAGAAA